CUUUCCUCUCAACGCGUCAGAGAGAGACUGCCUCUUUUGGUUGGUCCUGUCACGCCUCUGCCAGUCAUUAGUCAUUGCUCGUUUUUCGGUGACUUUGCAACCCGAAAAUGAAGAAUAUCUGAUGCUUUCGUCCAAGAGAGGCAUUCCAAUUUUACGCAAGUUUUUUGAGAUAGGAAAGGAGCAAGUGGAGAAAGUGUGGUUCCAAGGUGCUGCUCAGUUCAAUGACAGAAAGGACAUGGCAGCGAACCACGCCAAGCCCAACCUCAGCCAAUCUCAGGCAGCAGAGAUUGUGAAGAAACACUACAAGCUGACUCCCCUUCAACUCCGUUGUCUCCCCAGCUAUGAUGACCAGAACUUUUUCAUUGCGACUGUCGAAGGUGGCGAGUAUUUGCUGAAGAUUCUGAACUCGGUGUACACAAAGGACCCCAUCCUGAUAGAACUGCAGACUUACGCAAUGAACUUUCUGCAUGAAAAUGGACUACCUACUCAAACAACCCUGAAAACAACAAUGGGACAGAACAUGAUCCUGGAAGACAUCGAUUGUGGCUCUGGUUUACAGAAGCACCUGGUGCGCCUGUUGACCUAUUUGCCAGGAAUCCCCAUUUCUGAUGUGUCUUUCUCAUCACAGCUACUUUAUGAAGUUGGCCAGACAGCAGCCAGAAUGGACAACACCCUCAAAGAGAUGGAACAUCCUCAACUGUGUGUGCUGCAGAGGGAGGGGUUCAUAUGGAGUUUGUCAAAUAUUCCCCUUCUGGAGAAAUACAUGAAAGUACUCGAUGGGGAUCCUCUCCUGGAGGUUGUGAAGUCUGUCCUCCAGCAUUACAAGACUGCUGUGGUCCCCAAAUACUCUAGUUUCCGCGCAUGUCUCAUUCAUGGGGACUUCAAUGAUCUCAAUGUGCUGGUGCAAGCUAAUGAAAGUUAUGACUACAAGAUUUCUGGUAUCAUUGAUUUUGGUGAUAUGAACUUCGGUUGCUACGUCUAUGAGCUCGCCAUCACCAUCACGUACAUGAUGCUGGAGCACCCCAACCCCAUUGAUGUGGGCGGACCUAUCCUAGCAGGCUGGGAAAGUGUCUUUCCUCUCAACGCGUCAGAGAGAGACUGCCUCUUUUGGUUGGUCCUGUCACGCCUCUGCCAGUCAUUAGUCAUUGCUCGUUUUUCGGUGACUUUGCAACCCGAAAAUGAAGAAUAUCUGAUGCUUACGUCCAAGAAAGGCAUUCCAAUUUUACGCAAGCUCUUUGAGAUAGGAAAGGAGCAAGUGGAGAAAGUGUGGUUCCAAGGUGCUGCUCAGUUCAAUGACAGAAAGUGA